GCCGGUAGGGCUGGCAACCCUACCCAUCUGUAAAAUAGGGAAUGAUCCUGGUUUUGUCUAAUCUGACUGGGGCUGGAGCUGUUCAGGUCAGGGGCUGCUCUCCCUGGGGGGUCUGUGCAGCACCUGGCAGAGAUUGGGGUCCCCACUGCUGCAAAGACCCACAGGGAGAAACAGCCUCUGCUCUCAACAGCUCCCAGUCUGACGAGACACCGGCUGGGAGGAGAAACUGAGGCACUGAAUGAGCCAGAUGUCCUGGCUCGCAAGGUCCUGCUCUAACCGCUAGACCCCACUCCCCUCCCCUCGCUGGGGUAGAGCCCAGGUGUCCUGGCUCGCAGCCUCCCCAGGGGGCUGUUUCUCUGGGUUCAGGGCACUGAGGGAGUCGAUCCGACUGCAGGGUCCCUUCCGGGGGUUUCCGCAGAGGCCGGAUCCGGGCAGCGGGCAGGCCGGUCGGCGCCGGAAGGGUUAACACCCCCAGCUCAGCAGCUGCGGCAGGAACCGGCUGCACCUGCGGCAGGUGGGGCCCGGCCAGGAAGCAGCAGCCCGGCCGCUGCCCCAGUCCCCUGCGCCCGGCCCGGCUGGCCCUAUGGAGCUGCCGGCGGUGCCCCAGCCCUGGCGCUACUGGCUGCUGCUGGGCUCCUACGGGCUCUUCCUGCUGCUGGGCGCCGCCGUCUUCGCGGGCGUCGAGGCGCCGCAGGAGGCCGGGCUCCGGGAGGCGCUGCGGGGCGCCAGGGCCGGCUUCCUGCGCCAGCACGAGGGCUGCGUGUCGGAGCCCGGCCUGGAGCGGCUGCUGGAGCGGGUGCUGGGCGCCGACAGCUCCGGGGUCUCCGCGCUGGGCAACGUCUCCGACGACGAGAACUGGGACUUCAGCUCGGCGCUUUUCUUCGCCGCCAGUGUCCUCAGCACCACGGGCUAUGGCCAUACGGUGCCCCUGUCGGAUGGGGGGAAGGUAUUCUGCAUCUUCUACACCCUCCUGGGACUCCCAGCCACUCUGCUCCUGGCCACCUGUCUUCUGCAGCGACUCAUGGGGCUGCUGAGCCACCGGCCUGUUCAGUAUCUCCACACCCACUGGGGCAUCCCUCCUGGCCACGCAGCACUGGGCCACGCAGCUACCAUGGGACUGAGCGUGCUGGGGCUUUUCAUCCUGCUGCCAGCCCUCUGCUUCUGGGCCCUGGAGAAGGGCUGGAACUUCCUGGAGUCCGUCUACUUCUGCUUCAUCUCACUCAGCACCAUCGGACUUGGGGACUACGUGCCAGGUCACAGCAGCCCUGCCUCACUGCGCCAUCUCUACAAAAUCAGCAUCACCUGUUACCUUCUCCUGGGACUCCUAGCCAUGCUGCUGGCCCUGGAGACCAUCUAUGAGCUGCGUGAGGUCCACAGCCUUGUCCGAUUCUUUGCCCCCACACAAGCCCCUGCCUCCCACUCCAAUGAGGACGAUGACCGGCUGGAGAUCCUGAGCCGUGACCAGCUGGGCCUGGCUACUGUCUGUGGGGCCCCCCCCUCUUGGAGUCAAGCGGACAACGAGGCAGAUGGGAGAUCGGCGUCCCCUGACGGCCCCUCUGGGUAACCUCAAUGGACAAUGUGUUGUGUCCCCCGCCCCCCCACCUCCCUUCAUGCAUCAAUAAAUGAAACUGUACAGAAUAGACACUGACCAUGGGCAUGUGGAGUGCGGGUGCCAGGCUGGUACCGGUACCAUUGUUUUGUCCCAGGAAGGGGGUGGAGAAUAUGGGCUGGAUGAGCCCAUUGAUCUCAUUGGGGGAGGGGGAGAUACAGGGGUGGCUGAUCCCAUGGGUUGGAUCUGGGCAACAGAGAGGGGAGACACUGCCAUGGAAUGGCCCACAAGUGUGACCCAGAGUGGGCAGUGGAGGGGGAGAUACUGGGCUGGAUGGGGAUGGGUAGACACCUAGUACCCUCAGAGUAAACAAGCUGCCCUCCUGUGUCCUAUCCCCCCACCCCCAGGAAUUACCCAGAAGCUGCUAAGAGCUGUUACCCAGGAGGGGGUAAGUCCUGGACCCUGCGCCUGUCCCGGAGCCAGGCCAAUGCCAGCCUCACAGACCAGGGGAGCAGCAAAGGCCACCAGGCAUCUGGGCCCUAUGGUCACUCCUACCUCCUGGCCCAAGGAGUUGAAAAUUCCCUUCCCAGAGGGGUACAGCUCUGGAAGGGAGGGGGUCUAAUAGGUUAGAACAGGGGGUACUGGAAGCCUGGACUCCUGGGUUCUAAUCCAGGAUCUGCACAGUCCAAUAUAGGUAAAAAGUUCCUAAUGCCAGUGUGACGAAGUGGGGGAGUUUCUUGUUUUCCUUGUUUUCUAUGGGGGAUUUGCUUGGCUUUCCUAGGGUUGGCAAGCAGAGGGGGUGGGACUCAGUUUCCCUAGGUGCUACGGGUUCAACAAGGUGAUGGGAGAGGGAGUUUGUAACAGAGGACCAGCGAGGGAACUUGGGACCUCAACCACUGGCGUGGAGAAUGGAGACCCCAGCGACUGGUAAUCUGUGACCCGGAGGCCCAGCUCAGGAGUCACAGCCGGGUCUGGCCAGUGGGAGGACAAUGGGCUGCGAAGAGAGAGGAGGCCCAGGCGACCCUGUGUACCUGGAGAGAAGACAAUGGACAGAGGCAGGGCUUGGGGCUGGUGAUAUCAGAUGCCCAGCUGGGAAGCAGGGGAGCUCUGGGCUGGAGAGAAGGAGCAGGCAGAGCCCACCUGGAUGCAAGAGAGACUUGGAUAUGCUGUGCUGAAGGAGGCCAUGCCUGAGGCCCUGAGAGUUUCCUGUGCUGUGUUCAACGCUCAAUAAACCCUCCUGUUUUACGCUG